UUUUGCGGCCUUCAGUGGCUUUGCCUUUCCUCCUUGACGUCCGGACAUGAUGAUGAUUGGCUGAAAUUGAGUUUUAUAGAGCUAAUUUCACAAAGAUUAUAUUUCGAACAAUAAUUGUACAAGAAUACAUUUACUCGUAAACACAUAUUCACUAUGAAUCUCCUACUUCACAUUUCCUCUCUAUUACUACAGUUAUGGCUUUGGUUUUUUGAUAGAUUCAUAAUGUAUCCAUUAAUGAGAAUAGUAGCACCAAAGUUAGGUGUUCGUUUCAUGAAUUUGGGCUACUGGCCAUCAUCAGCACCUCAGUACGCAAAAAUGAGAAUGUUCAUGGAAGAUCUAGGUGACCUAGAUGAAUACGAGUCGGAUCGAGCUCAUAUUUAUCUCUAUGAAAAAGCAUUAUCAAUGCAUCCAAAUUAUCCUUAUUUUGAACAAUUUGAAAUUCUUGAAGUGAGCUGUGGUCAAGGGUACUCUCUCGAUUGGAUAGAAAAGUGGCAUGGACCAACAAAAUGCAUCAUUGGCUGUGAUAAAGUUGUCACUAGAAAUAUGAAUAACAUAGUCUACGGAGAUGCACUAGAUUUACCGUUUGCAGAUAAUUCGUUUGAUUUUGUUUUGAAUGUGGAAGCAGCUCAUCUUUACUCGGACUACAAACUAUUUUUCAAAGAGGGCUCACGAGUUUUGCGAUCGGGUGGUGCCUUCUGCUACAUGGACAUUCGAUAUCCCCAUGAGGCAAAACAGAUUCAGGAGACAGCCACAGCAGCCGGUUUUGUAAAGAAACAUUUCGAGUUUUGCACUGAUGAAGUAGUUGAGGGCUUAAAAUAUUCAGCGAGAAAAUAUGAUAGGCUACUAGAGAAAGCUCCUUUCUUCGUUAAAUUCUUCAAAAACUCGCUGCGAGCAACGUACUGUGCUCCUGGAACAUCAACUUAUGAACGAUUGAAAAAUAAACAGCGGAUCUACAUCGCAGCGAUGUGGAUAAAGAAAUAAAGAAAUGAAGAAGUGAAGAAGUGAAGAAGUGGUAUUAAAUAACAUGUAAAAACAUUUUAAAGAUAAUAAAACAAUUGGUAUUU